AUACGCCUGUUACUCUUGACCAAUUUAAUGAUAAUCUUGGUCAAGUACUUUUAGACGCACAUCAUUUUCAAGUGUCGAAUCGAUACAGAUUGAUUUAUGCUAUAAAAUAAGAGUCACAAAUAAAACCUCUUUUUUUUUUCUUUUCUUCUUUCAUUAUAAAAAUGUCCUAUGAUGUCGUUUCAGCGUUUCAUACUUCAUUAAAUGACACAGAUUUGUCUACACCAGUGGCUGUAUUCAAGUCCCUGACAGAUUUUGUUCAAUGCAGUACAGCGCCUACCAUGUCUGAAUUUAUGCAAACAUUAGAAAGAGCAGCACAAUCCCUUCGUGAAUCAGCACAGAAAAUAGAUAGGCCUCAAACUCAACAUAAGGCAUACAUUGCUGUAUUGGCAGGCGUUGACUUGUUUAUGCGAUUUGUCAACAGAAGCUCUCAUGACUUUUCGCUUUCCAAAGAAGCGGGUAGCUUUGAAGAUUUCAAGGAAACACUAUUAUCAAGAGCUUCUUUGAUUUUGGAAAAGGCGUCCUCGGCAAGAGAACGAGUGGCGAGUAUCGGUGCACAAUUUGUUCAUGACGAUGCGGUUAUUUUAGUACAAGGAUAUUCUCGUGUGAUCAUGAACUUGCUCUAUCAUGCUGCUAAUCUUCAAAAUAAGCGGUUCAAGGUAUAUGUAACAGAAGGAAGACCAGAGAGUGAUGGUAUCCAAGCGGCUGCUGCUUUGAAAAAGGCAGGUAUUCCCUGUCGAGCUGUGUUGGAUUCUGCUGUAGGUUAUAUUAUGGAUAAAGUAGAUAUGGUGUUUGUAGGAGCUGAAGGCGUAGUUGAGAAUGGUGGUAUUGUGAAUAAGAUUGGUACUUUUCAAAUUGCACUUGUAGCCAAAGCACUAGGAAAACCAGUAUAUGCAGUAGCCGAAAGUUAUAAAUUCGUUCGUGUGUAUCCUUUGAGCCAAUACGAUCUUCCAUCAGAGACACCAGAGAUCGUGACAUUUACGUCCAGAAGAAAGUCAUUUACUGCAUCCAGUGACGCUGUACAAGAACUUGCUACAUCCAACCCUUCUGUUGACUACACACCACCUCAAUACCUUACCUUGUUGCUGACAGACCUUGGCGUCUUGACACCUUCAGGUGUGAGUGAUGAAUUGAUCAAGUUAACACUUGCAUAAUUACCCAACAAUAAAAAAGAAACACUGGGAGUAUAGAGAAAGAUACAACACGAAAAUUUGCCGGAUAUAUAUCAGAGGAUCAGGCACUGGGGCCAUUUAUCACUUGCUU